AUUUUCCCAUUUUAAAUAACCUUGCCUGCCACUGUGUUGAGUGUGAGGUGGGUUAGUGAAAGAGUGUGAGAGAGGAAAGCGUGCUCUGCAAAGGGUUAGUGUUUUGGUCCGUUAGCGUGAGUGAAUGAAUGAUUAUUUAGCGUAAAGGGUAGUUUAGAUAAAUAUAUAUUUUGUUAUAAGUUACUUGCUUACCUUCCAACGUCGGACUACAUUUGUUCAUUAAAACAGCUUAUUGAACUGAAUCAACGCGUCUAGUAGCAGCUUCCAGCUAGCAAGCAGUCUGAAUUCGAUUAACGUUACGGGUGCAGUUGUACCAGAUUUCGACAGUUUGCAGUAAGGAAUUCGUUACAAUUUCUAGACAUGUCCGUGAGUAGUCAGAAGACCACCAGCCGUGCCAUUCCGUCCACCAGACGGGUGACCAUCAGCGAUGCGGCCCAUAUGCCACAUGAUUACUCCACUACGCCUGGGGGGACUCUGUUUAGCACAACACCAGGAGGAACCCGCAUCAUCUACGACCGGAAGUUUCUCCUGGACUGCCGUACUUCCCCUCUGGCCCGCACACCCCCCUGCUGCCUCCCUGACAUUCCAGGGGUGACCAGCCCUGCUGUAUCCACUGCCAACAACGACACAGCCCAUACCAAGCCGCCCCUUAACAAUAACUGCAGCCCCCCUGCACACAAAGCUGCAGGGGAAGAUGCCCAGUUUGAAAUGGACAUCUAAACCCCCCCGACCCCCCCCCCCCCCCCCAGAUCAAGAGGGAGAUGAUGGCUGAUGAGCCCCUUUUUCCAUUAAGAAGACGACUGUUCCAAAAGACACCGUGCAAAUCAAGAGGUGUCCACCCUCUCCCAUCAACGUUUAAAAUCCAGUGUUGACCUAACGCUGCAGUGCCUAAAUGCUGUAUUACUCUUCUGCUGUAGGUGUCAGGCAAGUUUCAGUAUCGUCAAUGACAUAUCAUGGUCACCAAAUACUUCUGCUGUUGAGACCAUCUUUUGCAAAUGCAUUUUCUGCUCCUGUUGAGUAACAGCAGAGGUCAUUUGGAAUGUGAUGGUGGAAAGUGACACUGUGGGAUUACCUUCUCUGUAAGGUAAUAAGCAUUAUACAGAAUACUCUGAAAUCUCAACUCCUAAGCGCCAUUGCCAUCUUGCACCUCUUUGAGAGGUCUUUUCUAGAAAAGGCGAAGUUUCAUUGAGGGCCCUCCCUAAUGUCUGGGCAACAAUGCCUUUUGUAUUAAUGAUAAUCUACUUAUUUUUGUUCUUUUGAAAAACAUUUUUCACAGUGUCAUUCAUGAGAAUGUAAUAUGCCUUUUUUUAUUUUGUAAAUGAGGUGAAUCUCUCUGGUCUCUGGGACACCUGGCCAUGAAGAAAAAGUGAAGUGAAAAUAAAUAACACGAAUAAAAACAAACAAACAAACCAAA